AUGCAGCAAGUCUUGGAAAACCUUACAGAGCUGCCCUCAUCUACUGGAGCAGAAGAAAUAGACCUAAUUUUCCUCAAGGGAAUUAUGGAGAAUCCUAUUGUAAAAUCACUUGCCAAGGAUGAAAUGACUCAUGAAAUGACUCUUAGUUUUGGCAUAAUGCCUUUAAGGUUUAGAGAAAUCAUACCUGCACAGUUGUGUUUUAACAGGACCUGUGAAAAAGAUCCUGAUUCUAUUUCCAUUUUCAACAAUGGCAAGGCUCAUGAGAGGCUAGAAGAUUCCAAACUAGAAGCUGUCAGUGACAAUAACUUGGAAUUAGUCAAUGAAAUUCUUGAAGACAUCACUCCUCUGAUAAAUGUGGAUGAAAAUGUGGCAGAACUGGUUGGUAUACUCAAAGAGCCUCACUUCCAGUCACUGUUGGAGGCCCAUGAUAUUGUGGCAUCAAAGUGUUAUGAUUCACCUCCAUCAAGUCCAGAAAUGAAUAAUUCUUCUAUCAAUAAUCAGUUAUUACCAGUAGAUGCCAUUCGUAUUCUUGGUAUUCACAAAAGAGCUGGGGAACCUUUGGGUGUGACAUUUAGGGUGGAAAAUAAUGAUCUGGUAAUCGCCCGAAUCCUCCAUGGGGGAAUGAUAGAUCGACAAGGUCUGCUUCAUGUGGGAGAUAUAAUUAAAGAAGUCAAUGGACAUGAGGUUGGAAACAAUCCAAAGGAAUUACAAGAAUUACUGAAAAAUAUUAGUGGAAGUGUCACCCUAAAAAUUUUACCAAGUUAUAGAGAUACCAUUACUCCUCAGCAGGUAUUUGUGAAGUGUCAUUUUGAUUAUAAUCCAUACAAUGAUAACCUAAUACCUUGCAAAGAAGCAGGAUUGAAGUUUUCCAAAGGAGAAAUUCUUCAGAUUGUAAAUAGAGAAGAUCCAAAUUGGUGGCAGGCUAGCCAUGUAAAAGAGGGAGGAAGCGCUGGUCUCAUUCCAAGCCAGUUCCUGGAAGAGAAGAGAAAGGCAUUUGUUAGAAGAGACUGGGACAAUUCAGGACCUUUUUGUGGAACUAUAAGUAGCAAAAAAAAGAAGAAGAUGAUGUAUCUCACAACCAGAAAUGCAGAAUUUGAUCGUCACGAAAUCCAGAUAUAUGAGGAGGUAGCCAAAAUGCCUCCCUUCCAGAGAAAAACAUUAGUAUUGAUAGGAGCUCAAGGUGUAGGCCGAAGAAGCUUGAAAAACAGGUUUAUAGUAUUGAAUCCCACUAGAUUUGGAACUACGGUACCAUUUACUUCACGGAAACCAAGGGAAGAUGAAAAAGAUGGCCAGGCAUAUAAGUUUGUGUCACGAUCUGAGAUGGAAGCAGAUAUUAAAGCUGGAAAGUAUUUGGAACAUGGGGAAUAUGAAGGAAAUCUCUAUGGAACCAAAAUUGAUUCUAUUCUUGAGGUUGUCCAGACUGGACGGACUUGCAUUCUGGAUGUCAACCCACAAGCACUGAAAGUAUUGAGGACGUCAGAGUUUAUGCCCUAUGUGGUAUUUAUUGCGGCUCCAGAGCUAGAGACGUUGCGUGCCAUGCACAAGGCUGUGGUGGAUGCAGGAAUCACUACCAAGCUUCUGACCGACUCUGACUUAAAGAAAACAGUGGAUGAAAGUGCGCGGAUUCAGAGAGCAUACAACCACUAUUUUGAUUUGAUCAUCAUAAAUGACAAUCUAGACAAAGCCUUUGAAAAACUACAAACUGCCAUAGAGAAACUGAGAAUGGAACCGCAGUGGGUCCCAAUCAGCUGGGUUUACUGAUGAUUCAGUAAGGUUAACAAUGAAAAUUAAACUUUUAAAAAGUGACUGCAACAAUUAAACCUUCUACUGAGAAAAUACAUCACAGUUAGAAGAUCAUCUGCCAAGUCCGGGCGUUUUUAUGGUGUAGAUUGAAAUAACAGUACACUGUUCUGAAUUUUUAUAUAAAUUGUGGUUGGGAAGGUGUACUAAUAUAUAAUUUAUCUUAAUUUUUCUAACUUUGUAUGGAUAAUCUUUCUAUUCAUAUCACAUAAAGAAAUGCGUUGAAGCA